AUGGUUGAGGUUAUGCGGGCGCCAACUUUCGGCGGAAGCUUAACGGGCCCGAUCGACAUGACGGAGGUGUCGAGCCGGUUUUCGGAUGUGAAGUUGUCGGCAAUCCACGAAACGGAGGAGAGUGCGGCCCAGGACACAAGGAAAGAGACCAGCAAUGGCAGCUGGAAGAAGGGUCCCUCCCGGGCGCCGCGACGUGCCUAUUCCUCCAACGACUACCAUCUGCCCUCCCCAGCUGGCUCCAUCUCGAGAUCCGAACUCCAAUCUCCCGCCUCCAGACCCUCCGAACCUAGCUCCUAUUUCUCGCUUCAACCUACCCUACUCUCAUCCAUACCAGGAACGCCUACGGAACCAGCACAUUCCCCCAGCGUGGCUUUGGCGGUACAACCCGGAUAUGCCGCCCAGAGGAACAUGCGGCCCGCGCUCCCCUCGCCGCAGCGGUCGUACUCGGUCAUGGACUACGUUCCGGUGCCCAUCCUGCAGCGGCCGGGCGAGAAGCUCCGCCUCGUCCACCUGCCGCCCGAGCUGCACUUUGCCAUCUUUGACUGGCUCGACGACAUCGACAGCACGUGCCUGGGGCUGACCAGCAAGAACUUCUACGCCAUCCACCGGCGCAUGCGCGGCAGCGUGGCCCUGUCGGCGCGGCGCGAGGGCCCCAACGACAUGGAGUGGGCGUGGCGGCUGGCGGGCCCGCUCAUCGCCGCCGGGCAGAGCCACGAGAAGGCCAUGGCGCAGGUGCUGCCGCGCGGGCAGGUCUACUGCCGCAAGUGCGGCAUCACGCGCUGCGAGCUGCACAAGCACAUCCAGGACUGGAUGGGCGACGGCUACGAGUACUGCGACGUGCGCCAGAAGUUCGGCCCGCCCGCCGCCCAGGGCGCCCGCAAGACGUGCUACCGCAGCUCGCCCCGGCACCCGCACCGCUGCGGCCGGCACACGCGCCAGCAGCGCACCGUCAGACUGGUCUAG